GCAGCGCCCCCUGGCGGCGGCGGGCGCCCGCGGCAAUGGCGGCGGCGGCCGGGGAGGGGGGUCGGUGCUCCGUGUACUUCUGCGGGAGCAUCCGCGGCGGGCGCGAGGACCAAGCACUGUAUGCGAGGAUCGUAUCGCGGCUGCGGCGCUAUGGGAAGGUGCUCACCGAGCACGUGGCUGCUGCAGAGUUGGACCCGCGCGGGGAGGAGGCUGCUGGGGGCGACGAGCUCAUCCAUGAGCGGGACCUGGCCUGGCUGCGGCAGGCAGAUGUGGUCGUGGCUGAAGUGACCCAGCCAUCUCUGGGUGUUGGCUAUGAACUGGGCCGGGCAGUAGCUCUUGGAAAGCAAAUUCUAUGCCUGUUCCGACCACAGUCUGGCCGAGUGCUUUCCGCCAUGAUCCGGGGAGCAGCAGAUGGCCGGAAGUUCCAGGUGUGGGACUAUGCAGAGGAAGAGCUGGAGAGCAUGCUGGAGCGAUACUUCGAAGCUUAUCCUCCUCAGGGGACAGCUUCGCCCAGCAACCCAAGUGCCUGACUUAAUCUUACUUUAUUAAAACAAACAAAGAAAAAAUG